UCCGACCUUUGACGCUAUGCAGGAGCCUAGGCCUAAUGUGUAUCUAGAUCUAGGCAGGCCUAGUUCAGUUCACUGAACAGUAAUUUUGUGCUUGAAUCACCUGUGUGUUGAUGCUAGAUGCUAAGUUUCCGUCUCCUGAAGCUUGAAGGAGCAAGAAGAUAUCUUAAUUGGUCCAAUGGCAUUUAAUGGAUUAAAACAGCUUUUUGCAAGAAGGCACGCUUAUCCUUGCAAGGAAUACUUCAGAUACAAUGAACAAUCUAGACAUUUUGGCAUAUCUUUACGGGCUGUGAGAAAAAAAAUAAAAGUUCAUCAGCAUCAAGAUUGCACCAAAAAGUCAGGACAAAAACCACUCUGUGUAAUUCUUGGAUGGGGUAAUUCAAAGCAAGGUCAUCUAAGCAAGUAUAAAGAAAUAUUUGAGCAAAAAGGAUUCAGUACAAUGACAGUCACCCCACAUCUAGCAGAUAUACUUGUGUUUCCAGAAUCCAGGGGAAAGAAGAUCAGUGAAGAAGUAUUGAGGAUAAUGCUGAGAGAAUUUGGUGCUGAAAAAAUACCUGUUGUGUUUUAUUUGUUUAGCAAUGGAGGAUGUGGCUUGUAUUAUUUUAUUUGUAACGAACUUUGCAAGAAGAACAGUAACUAUCAUAGUAAAAUCAAUGUGAUUGGGAGUGUGUUUGAUAGCUGCCCUGUUGUGCCAAGUAAAGAGAGCAUCAGUCUUUCGCAAAAGGCAUUCACACAAGACAUAAAGAGCCCAGUUCUAAAAGCUUUUGUUUGGUAUGGAAUUAGAUUGAUAUCAAUCCCACUAGUUUGGCUAAAUCCUGUUGUUAGAUCAUUCAUGGAUGGUCUAAAAAAUUCCCCAAUUGUGUCACCUCAGCUGUUUCUGUACUCAAAGAAUGAUCAGCUUGCUCCACAUGAAGACAUCACAGACUUUAUUGCAUACCGUAAAAGUUGUGGUGUUCCAGUAUCAGCUAAAUUGUGGGAGAACACACCACAUGUGGCUCAUAUGAAGUAUGACCAGGAAAAUUAUGUUAUGGUAUUGGAAGAGUUCAUAAAGAGUCUGAAACACUAGAGGAUUGCAAUGGUCUCAACAAUAAUCAUUUUCUGGCUUUGAACUGUAAAUAAAUUGCUGUGGUAAAAAAUGUAAUGGAAAUGAUCUCCUGCCUAUUCAUGUAUUGAAAAAUUUAUGCUAGUGCUAUGAAAUGAUGUUUUAAUUAAAUUAAUUAGCAUAAGGUUCUAAUCAGUUCCUUACAUAAGUGGUUUUUAUGCCUACUUUUCUGAUUCACACAUCUAUCCCAUCACAUGCCUGUGUUAUCGGAAAAACUGCAAUCGCAAGCAUAAAAUCAGACAGGCUGUCAGUGGUGUAGGGUCCAUGUACCAUACUUUUUCAAAUAAGUCCACACAUUCAAAUAAGCACAUUUCUUUACAGGCAACUAAAGAAAUUGGGGAAAACCUUCAAAUAAGCUCACAAGUCUUAUCACUAAUAGUGUGCAAUUAUUUGAAGUCAAAAACAAGGAACUUUUAAUAUAGAAUUUUAAUAUAAUCACCCUCAGCCUGAGCAUAAAUCAGCCUUUGCAUGCUAAACAGCAAAACAUUAAAAUGUUCAGAGAUUUUAUAUAGAUCAAGAAAAUUAAAAAGUCUACAAGGAAAACAUCUAGGUGAUGAUAAAAAAACAGUAAACAAUUCGCAUCAAAAUAUUUAUGAAUGUUCGAAUCCUGGUGGCAUACAAUUGCUUGGCUAAAUCCUAUCACCUAUCAAUGUCAAAAAGUGGUGACAGGAUUUCGUUUGAAACCAUCAUACUUUAACCACUCAGUUUUGGUGAUGAAUUUUUAGAUAAAGAUUCAAAAAAACAAUUAAAAACUACUGGGAGAAAAUGAAAAUAGCAAUGGAGCUUGGAGAGUGAAUCACAUAAUGGAUUUCUUAAUUGCAAAUCCCAUAUCAACAGUACUUGUUAGCAUUUAGACGCACACAAAAUAAUCACCAUAACCUUGUAUGUUUGAGGCUACAACCAAGAUAAAUCUUGCUACAACACAAUUGCGUCACAAGCAUGGCAAGCUAAUAUCAGCAUACAAUUCAUUCUUGAGCUUUAAACAUUUUAUUUUGUAUAUUUUGUCAUACAAAAUGAAAGGACAACACAGAAAGGGUAAAUUGCUUGAAAGAGCUUGCAAAGAAGCUAAACAUGGCAACAAAACCAUAAAAGUGCCAAUAAGACAUAUUGGAAACAAAUUUUGGAAGGUGGUUGAAAUUAGUGCACUGGAAGCUGUAUACUUAGCAUCUUGAGAAAUCAAGUUUAUUUGUACCCCCGCUGCUGAGGAGCUAACAUUUCUUGUCAAAAUUACGAAUAAUUGAGUCUUUGCCUGUAAUAAACAUAAAUUUAAUCUGUUGCUGUUGGUAAAGCCUGAUUAAAAUUUGAUUUUAGCUCAACCAAAGUUUUGUUUGCUUCUUUAACUUCUUGCUUGUAAUUCUUUCCCAGAUAAACCGUUUUUCUUGGUCAGCCAGCCCCUGUUUAAAUUUUAUCCAAUUUGUUUAUGUUUUGUAAGUUAUUGGACAAUUAGUGUGUUGCGACUUGCUUAAAUCAACAUUUCUUGUGAUUUCUGCAAACCAAUGACAAGCUUACAAACAGGUUUUCCCUCACUGUAAGAAUGUUCAAAACAAUGUGGAUUACAAAUUUAGAGCUGUAAGUUCUUAUUUGUCAUCAAAAUACUUUCAUCACGGAAGUGUAGCUGUCACAGGCCUUUUCGUAAGAAAAAGCCCAUGCGAGUUGCCUAUCGCUUGUGUGAUUUCUCUUGUGCGAGCUAUCCCUCUGAUAGUGAAAAAAUUGUUCCUGUUAUAAGGUACCCUUUUGUUUAAGGUAACAUCAAAUGAAAAAGAACUGUUACAAUGAUCUGUAAUGCACUCCAAGACUAAAUCCCCUUUAUAAAUGCGUUUUCCUUUACAAACUUAAUGUACAUCACGAAGGUCAAAAAAGACGUUAUUGCUAGAUGAUCGCAAAAUGUUGUUCCAUACCUUUUUAAAAAUGCUUUUACUACCUGAGAAAGUCAUAAGUGACAUUGUAGUUCAAAUACUAUAGUAUAAGUAAGUAUUGUAUUCCUAAGCAUUCGCGUGGGAUUGAUUUUCAAAUGCAUUUUUUCUGUGUUUUGAUAUACGGGCUUUGUAUUGUCUAUAUCACUUGCUUGGUUUGAUAAAAGAUGACUAGAAUUGUGUUAA